AUGUUGUAUUGUCUCUACACAGACGAGGAACACAACAGUCGUCACAACCUGAUUGUGGAGCUUAUGGAAAUGCACAACAAGGAAGUCAUCCCCAAGACGCCCGUGAAUGUCUCCUAUAGCCUGUCACUUUUCUCGAUCGACGGUGUGGACGAGAAGGACAAUAUCCUCCGAAUUUCGGCUUUCGCAACUUUGCUAUGGUCUGAUCACCGUUUCCAGUGGGAUCCAGCAAACUACAGUGGAGUAUCCAAUGUGAAUUUACAAGCAAGUAAUAUCUGGAGACCAGACUUGCGAAUGCUGUACGCUCAGGUUGUGGAGGCAGAUGUCCCUUUGGUGGCGCAUUUCGAUGGGACUAUCAGUUACUUCCUUCCACUGCAAAUAGCCAUACCGUGCCCUUUUAACUUCAAGGACUUUCCGUUCGAUGUCCACACCUGCGACCUUCGACUGGAAUCCUGGAGCCAUCCCGGUUCCGCGAUCAAUCUGACUAUCCUAGAAGAUGCAGUAUCUACCUUAUUCUACCAUCGUGAAAACAGCCAGUGGGAGGUCCAGUCCUUCAAAGUGAAUAGGACAGUGGUUGAGUAUGAGGAUUACACCACCACGCAGUUCAUCACUCUGUCGUACCGCAUCCAAAUCAAACGCACAGUGAAGGAGUACACGGUCCGCUUUGUGGCGCCCUCUGUCAUCACAUCGCUUCUGAUCCUGCUGUGUUUUCUCAUCCCUCCACUCUCUGGUGGGAGGAUGGUUCUCUGCUCCGUCGUCAUCCUCGGCCUCUUGCUUCAGCUGUUCCACCUCAACCAGACCGUGCCCAUCCACGGCUCCGACGCCCCCUUCAUGGCUCAAUUUCUCACUUUCAGCGUGUUUCUGGCCGUCUUUGCAGCCGUUGAGAGUGUGGUGUCAAUGAAUCUCUCCAGUUGGGGAACCUGGAGUGGGAGUGGCAACAACAACAGUAACGCCCACAAAGACGGGGAGGAGCUCGUGGCGCAACCCAAGCCAAAUUUGUUCCUGAUGCAACUCGCUCGAAUCAUCGACUUGGUCUGCUUCGUCGUCUUCACCGUCAUCUUUGCUAUCGGUGGGGGCAUCAUACUCAAUCCUUAA